GACGUAGAUGGAUUUCACUGCGUCCGCGAGCCUGGCUUUGCUGCGCUGCAGUGUGAAUGCACCACGGGUGACUGCGGCGGCCACACGCAUGAGAACAGCUCGAUUCGCCGGGACCUCCGCUCAGGCCACCGGUGCCUUUGCCAGCCUGGCUGGGCGGGACCACUGUGCCACAGGGAGACAGACGAGUGUGAAUCGCAGCCCUGCAUGAACGGCGCUGCCUGUGUCAGCCUGCCCACCGGCUACAGCUGCAGCUGCAGCCUGGGAUGGACCGGGCCAGACUGCUCAGUGCACCUGCCAGAGUGUGAUUUGGUGCAGUGCCAGAAUGGCAGAGCGUGCGUGGAGUCGACUACGCCGGGCGGCUUCUCCUGCGUCUGCCCCCCACAGUACGCCGGCGCCCUCUGCCAGCUGCCUCACAACCCCUGUGACCCCCAGCAGCCCCCCUGCCAGUAUAACUCCACCUGCAUGGUGAGCGGCGGCGGGGAGGCAGCGUGCCAGUGCCGGCCAGGGCUGCGGUGUGAGAUGAUGGACGGGUGUCUCUCCCAGCCCUGCCGGAACAGCACCGGGGGCGAGGCUGGCCCCCCCGACUACCGCUGCGGGUGCCCUGAGGGUGUCCCGGGGGCGACCUGUAGGGCCAACGCUGCCGGAUGCGUCCACGGGAGCUGCAUAGACACGGGAUCUGAGUGCCGGUGUUGCUGUGAGCCGGGGUGGACCGGGGACAGGUGUGACACGGCCAUCAACGAAUGCAAAUCCAAUCCCUGCCUCAACGCCGCCUCCUGCAUCGACUUGAUCGCCGAGUACGCUUGUGUUUGCCAGGACGGAUACACUGGGAUGAACUGCGAGGUGGAUGUGGAUAUGUGUCGGGAAUCUCUGAUUUUCCCACUCUGCCGCAAUGGAGGCUUGUGUUUGGAUGGACCCGGAUCCAGGUUCACCUGCAGCUGUCCUGCAGGCUUCACCGGCACCUCCUGUGAGGUGGAGGUGAACGAGUGUGACUCGGAUCCCUGUUUCAACGGCGCUGUGUGUCAGGACCUUGUGAGCAGUUACUGCUGCCACUGCCAGCCAGGUUGGACGGGCCUACGCUGCGACACUGACAUGAAUGAAUGUCUGCUGGAGCCCUGUGAGCAGGGACUGUGCAUCCAGAACCUUCCAGGACAUGGCUACAGCUGUUUGUGUCGGCCUGGGUUUGUGGGGAGGCACUGUGAAUAUAAUUACAAUGACUGCCUGCCACACACAUGCCCACCUGAUCACCACUGCCUGGGCGGCAUGAAUAACGUCACCUGCAUCCCCAUCGUGGCUGGUGACCAGACGGUGACCUUGGCCCCACAGGCUUUGUGGAACUCCGUACAGACGAGCCUGCCAUCCCUGGCCGGCGAAACAGAGACCCUGAGAGAAGCCACCCGCAUCUCAGGCUAUACCUACGCGUUUUACUCGGGUGACUCCGUCUUGGAGUUUAAAGUCACCGACGUCACCGACGUCAGCAUCUCGCUGAGGUUCGAGUCCCCAGCUGAGGACGGCACGCUGCUGUAUGCCGACGGGGGCUCCGACUCUCACCAUUCCUUCUUCAUGCAGCUUUUCAUCGACAGAGGGGUGAUACAGUACGCCUUGGCCUGCGGCGCGGGGGAGCGGCCGUGGCGGAUGAACACCACCGUACGGAUUUGCGCUGGGACGGAGUACACACUUCACCUCAGACAGCAGCUGUCCCCGUGUGAGGUGGAGAUGACGGUGUCCGGCCAUCGAGCAGCCUGGAGUCAGCCCAGCAGCUCCCGGUCGGGGCCCCCGGUGCACAGAGCCGCUCAUCUCUUCGUGGGGGGCGUCCCAUUCGGCCACACCCUUGCCCCGGGUGCCGAACCCAUCACCAACUACACGGGCUGUAUCGAGAUCACAGAGCUUAUUCAGCCGAGCACAUUCCUGCCGCUCCGAGCCGUCAGCAGAUGCAGUGUGGAGGGAUGCAGGAACACGCCACGCCCCGCCUCACCCACCCCAUCGAUGGUGGCCUGCGACGGCGCUCCCUGCCUCAAUGGCGCCCCCUGCAGGGCCCUGCGGCUGCGGCCUGGAGGGGCGGCAUCCUUCGCCUGCGACUGCCCCCUGUAUUUCAGCGGUCGUCUUUGCGAGCGAGACACUCCCGUGUUUUUCCCGUCUUUCCAUGGUGAUUCGUACCUGGAACUGCCCCCCCUCUCAUCACUCCUUCGGCAGGAUGGGGCACCUUCCGUGCAGGGGGGGGUAAACGCAGUGACACUGUACCUCACGCUGAAGAGCGAAUCUCCGCACGGCACCUUGCUCUUCAGUCAGGAGCCAGGAGCUGGCCAGCGCUUCCUCCACGUUUUCCUCGUGGAUGGCAGAGCCACGCUGAGGCUGCGGUGCAGCAGGACGCUGCUGCUGACCCGGGUGGCGGCAGGACGCGUCUCCGGGGGCCGCCUCACGCCUGUCGUGGUUCGGUACACCCUGCCCGCCAGUGGGGGCCUUCCGCAGUGCACGGCUGAAAUAGAGAUGGCCAGUGGCACGGAGCAAUGGAACGAGAGCCCCCCCUCGCACCCUGGGCUGCAGGUGGAGUUGGGACCCAUCUUCCUGGGAGGGGUCCCAGCUCAGUCCUGGCUGCGUGACCACAGGGGGGCCACUGGAUUUGUUGGUUGCAUCGGAGUGCUGCAGGUGAACGACAGGGAGGUGCAACUUGUGAAGGAGGCCGUGAAGGGGAGGAACAUCAGAAACUGUCUCUCCUCCCCCUGCCAGCAGCACCCAUGUCGCAAUGGAGGCACCUGUGUCAGCGACGUCGCCGGCUGGUCCUGUCGGUGCCCCCCCCUCUUUGCCGGCAGGCUGUGCCAGCUCAGUGCCUGCAUGCGUAACCCAUGCCUCCAUGGGGGUGCCUGCGUGCCUCGGCCCCCCAGCGACACUGUGUGCCUCUGUCCCUACGGGAGAGCCGGCCUCCUCUGCCAGGACGCCGUCAACAUCAGCCGCCCCAGCUUUGGAGGCACUGACCGCUACGGGUACUCCUCGUUUGUGGCGUACGCCUCCCUCCCAGACUCCAGCUCCUCCUACGAGUUCUCGCUGAAGCUCACGUUCGCCGACACUGCGUCCUCCUUCAGAGAUGGCCUCAUCCUGUUUGCCGGGCAGAAGGGACUCGGUGUGAAUGGAGAUGACUUCCUGGCGUUAGGCGUAUGGAGAGGCAGGAUCAUUCACAGGUUCAACCUGGGCUCUGGAGUCGGAACCAUCGUCAGCGCCCCCCUCAGCCAGAAGCCCGACAUCCAUACGGUCCAUUUCGGCCGGUCCCUCAGAACCGGCUGGCUAAAGGUUGAUAACCAGAGGAACCGGACCGGGUCGUCUCCAGGACCUCUGGUUGGCCUGAACACUUUCAGUUGGCUCUACGUGGGUGGAUUCAGCGAACAUACACCUGAACUUUUGCCACCUGGCGUUCGUUUCCGCAGCGGCUUCCAGGGUUGCAUCUUCGACUUGCUGUUGCGGACGCGGAGAGGGGCCAGGUUGCAGCCCCUGGAGGGCCAGCCCAUCCUGGGCCGCAGUGUGGGGCAGUGUGGGGUCAACCCAUGUGCUCUGGUCCGGUGUCAGAACGGUGGAACGUGUUUGAACUCCACCUCAUCUGUGUACUGCCAAUGCCCAUCUGGAUGGAAGGGGGCGCUCUGCUCUGAGACCAUGUCCGCCUGCGACACUGAGCACGUACCCCCUCCCUCCUGUGCCCACGGCUCCACCUGCAUUCCUCUCCUUGAUGGCUACACUUGCCAGUGCCCGCUGGGUACCACGGGGCAGCGCUGUCAGCAAGCCCUGGCCAUAAGUGACCCAUUCUUCAAUGGAACCCAGUCAUCCUGGAUGUCAUUCCCACUCCUUGGUGUCAAGCACAGGACUGAGGUGGAGCUGCAGUUCCAGACUUUGUCACCAGAGGGCGUCAUGUUCUACACAGCUCAGCAUCCGAGUCAGGGAGCAGGAGAUUUCUUCAGCCUCUCGCUCACCUCCGGCUUCAUGCAGCUUCGCUAUAACCUCGGCGACAGAACCGUGCAGCUGCAGUCAGCCAAUGGGGUGGAUGCGGGCGGCGGGAGCUGGCACACAGUGCGGGCAGGACGGCAAGGCACCCGAGGCUACCUGAUACUGGACGGCGUGGAGGAGAGGUUGGAUCCGCCCCCGGGUAUGGCUAUCCUCGACGUGGCCUCGGAAAUGUUCGUGGGUGGCGUACCCACCUCUGACAACCUGCCCGCCGACGCAGUGGAAGGCGAGCCGAUUGGAUUUACUGGCUGUAUCCGUGAACUUGUGGUGAACGGGCACCAGCUGGACCUCUCAGAGACGGGAGCGUUAGACGGCGCCAAUGUCGGCGACUGCGAUGGGACGGCCUGCGGCUUCCACGUGUGCAGAAACGGAGGCCACUGUACCGCUGUGAGCUCUGAGGCAGCCGUCUGCACCUGCCCCCCUCUCUGGACCGGCCCCACAUGUAGCCUGUCUUCUGCUUGAACAAUCUCUGCCGGCAUGGUU